UUUGCUAACAAGUGAGGUUAAGAAGCAGGUGUACUUAGCAGGGCCUCUCAUUGUGGGGAGCCUGAUGCAGAACAUGAUCCAGAUGAUAUCUCUAAUGUUUGUUGGUCAUCUUGGUGAGCUCCCCCUCUCCGCCGCUGCCUCCGCCGCUUCUUUCACCGCAGUCACCGGUUUCAGCUUAUUGAUGGGAAUGGGAAGCGCACUGGACACAUUAUGCGGGCAGUCGUACGGAGCGAAGCAGUACUACAUGCUCGGAAUCCACAAGCAACGAGCGAUGCUCGUGAUCACGCUCGCAUGCGUACCGCUCGCGUUUCUAUGGGCCCACACGUCGCAGAUCCUCGUUCUAUGCGGACAGCGCCCGGAAAUAGCAACCGAGGCGGGGAGAUACGCACGCUGCAUGAUCCCCUCCCUGUUCGCAUACGGACUCCUCCAGUGCCACGUCAGAUUCAUGCAAGCGCAAAACGCCGUGUUUCCUAUCAUGCUGUGCGCCGGGCUCACGGUCCUGGUCCACGUCGGAGCGUGUUGUGUUUUGGUGCAUGGUUUGGAGCUCGGAAUCGAAGGGGCUGCUUUUGCAAAUAGCAUAUCUUAUUGGGUUUAUGUGCUAAUUUUGGCCUGUUAUGUUAGAGUUUCCAAAAAUUGCGAGAGAACUUGGAAUGGCUUCUCCAGAGAAGCUCUGAGAGAUGUUCUCGGCUUCAUCAAACUCGCCGUUCCCUCGGCUACGAUGGUUUGUUGCUAUCAAUUUUUUAGCUUCCAGAUGUCCAUGGCCAGCCUCCGUUACUCCUGUGUUUGCCAAGACGGUUGCGGAUUGGGCAUAUCGCUAUCUCCGCCUUGGCAUGGCGGGAUGGGAAUGGGAAGCGCACUGGACACAUUAUGCGGGCAGUCGUACGGAGCGAAGCAGUACUACAUGCUCGGAAUCCACAAGCAACGAGCGAUGCUCGUGAUCACGCUCGCAUGCGUACCGCUCGCGUUUCUAUGGGCCCACACGUCGCAGAUCCUCGUUCUAUGCGGACAGCGCCCGGAAAUAGCAACCGAGGCGGGGAGAUACGCACGCUGCAUGAUCCCCUCCCUGUUCGCAUACGGACUCCUCCAGUGCCACGUCAGAUUCAUGCAAGCGCAAAACGCCGUGUUUCCCAUCAUGCUGUGCGCCGGGCUCACGGUCCUGGUCCACGUCGGAGCGUGUUAUAUUUUGGUGCAUGGUUUGGAGCUCGGAAUCGCAGGGGCCGCUUUUGGAAAUAGCAUAUCUUAUUGGGUUUAUGUGUUAAUUUUGGCCUGUUAUGUUAGAGUUUCCAAAAAUUGCGAGAGAACUUGGAAUGGCUUCUCCAGAGAGGCUCUGAGAGAUGUUCUCGGCUUCAUCAAACUCGCCGUUCCCUCGGCUACGAUGGUUUGCAUGGAAUGGUCGGCAUUCGAAGUUCUUGUGCUUCUUUCUGGUCUUCUUCCAAAUCCACAGCUGGAGACAUCUGUGUUAUCAAUAAGCCUUAACUCUUCUUCCAUGGUAUUUAUGCUCCCUUUUGGUCUUGGUGCCGCAGUAAGUACGCGUGUUUCAAAUGAACUCGGUGCUGGGCGGCAUGAUGCGGCACAGAUCACUGUAUAUGUAGGUUUAUUCUUAGCCCUUAUAGAAGGCUUAAUAGUGGGACUGAUCCUGAUUUUGUUGCGCAAAAUUUGGGGUUAUGCAUAUAGCAAUGAAGAAGAAGUUGUGAAUUACAUGGCAAUUAUGUUGCCAAUUCUUGCAAUAUCCAUUGUUUUGGAUGCAAUUCAAGCUGUGUUAUCAGGGGUUGCUAGAGGAUGUGGUUGGCAAAAGAUUGGUGCUUUUGUUAAUCUUGGAACUUAUUACAUUGUGGGUAUUCCUACAGCUGUUGUAUUAGCAUUUGCUCUUCAUUUUGGUGGAAAGGGUCUUUGGAUGGGAAUCAUAUGUGGCACCUUCUUGCAAGUGUUGGUGUUUUUAACUAUUAUCCUAUACACUGACUGGGAAAAUGAGGGAAGGAAGGCAAAGGAUAGGAUAUUUAGCUCUACUAUUGCCACAGAUAUGAGGAUAUGA